AGCGUCACCAUAGCCCCGCCCCUUUGUGGAGACUACUAUAUAAUAAGCUAACGCGCUAAUCACGACGUUUGUGCUACGGCUAACUAGGAAACGGAGCUCAUUGACUCUCGUCGACAACACCUAGAAACAAACGCAAAAUGGGAGUGGUGACAAUACGAGUGGAAUACUGCGGCAACUGAGGCUACGAACCCCGCUAUCAUGAGCUCGCCCGAGUCGUAAAGGGCGAGUUUCCUGAUGCGGAUGUGUCGGGCUUCGUGGGCCGCAGAGCCAGCUUUGAGAUCGAGAUCAACGGGCAGCUGGUUUUCUCCAAGCUGGAGCUUGGGGGGUUCCCGUAUGAAGAUGAUGUGAUGGGCAUCAUCCAGAAAGCUUAUGAUGGACAACCUCUGGUGAAAAUCACCAAAAGUCGGGCACCAUGCGUCAUCAUGUAAACACACCUGUGUGCGACUGGAUAAACUGGACUUUCCUCAAUUGUUUCCUGCAUAAACAAACAACAGUAAAAAAGCAUUAAUGAAACCACACAAAUGUGGACCGAGCAGCGGUUUUGUGGGAAGACCGGCUCUCCGGCAGUCGCUCUCGACUCCCAACUGCUAUGCCGCUAAUGACUAGCACUGCCUCAAAGCAAGCCACGUGGCUGUGCUACGAUGAAUUCUCAUGGCUGGCAGUUUGUAGUCUGGAGUGGCCGACGGGGGGAGCAUGUUUUGUUUUAAAUCUAACUCAAUUGAUUUUUUAAUACAAGGUCAGUAAUAAGUCCAAGGGUUUUUUUUUUUUUGUUUGUUAUUAUGAAAUAACGGUUUUCAGAUACUUUGCUCAUGUCAUUGUUUCUAAUAGCAGAUUGGUCAAAUAAAAUUUACUGUGUGAAA